UUUGUUAACAUUUUGUGUUAAGCUAGUUUAGCAUGCGGUGUUUGAUUUUCGAAACGGGUUUAAGAACUGAAUACAAUUAAAAGCAGCCCGCAGCUCUCAGCUCGCACAGCGGCUGUCGCUUAGUCAACUGCUCGCCAUUUCAAUUUCAAUCUUCUCGUCGUCGCCAACGUCGUCGGUUGUGCUUUUUUCCGGUGUGUGCGUUAUCUGUGUGCGUGGUUACUUACAUAUAUAUAGUUUUGUUUGUCAAUUAAUUGCUUGUUUUAACGCCCCAUUGCCACAGCUGCUGACUUUCUGUCUCCUUUCAGCAACAUAGUAAAAAAAGCAGAAACAACAGAAAGCGAAAACAACGCCGCGCCCCCUACCUCUCCCGCUAACGCUCUUUCACAGGCUGAUAUAAUGGCAAAUUUCGAUGAUAUAUUACAACGCGCUCGCCUCGCAUUCGCCAGUGGCAAGACAAGGAACGUAAGCUUUCGACGCAAACAAUUGGAAAACUUGCUGCGCUGCUAUGAGGAGCAUGAGAAUGAGAUUAUCAGCGCCCUGGAGGCGGAUCUGCGACGACCCAAACAGGAAAGUUUGAUCGUCGAGACGGAAUUCAUGAAGAACGACAUCAAACACAUACUUUAUCACCUGGACGAUUGGGUUAAGCCAGAGAAGCCAUCGAAAUCAUUUGUCAAUAUGCUGGAUGAUGUGCAGAUCUUCAACGAUCCGUUUGGAGUUGUGCUUGUGAUUGGCGCCUGGAACUAUCCGCUGCAGCUGCUGUUGGUGCCCGUCGCAGCUGCCAUUGCAGCUGGCAACUGUGUGAUCCUUAAGCCAAGUGAAAUAGCGGGAAAUUGUGCUAAGUUCAUAGCAGAAACUCUGCCCAAAUAUUUGGAUAAUGAUUGCUAUCCCGUCGUGUGUGGUGGACCGACUGAGACUGCUGAGCUUUUAAAUCAACGUUUCGAUUAUAUUUUUUAUACGGGCAGCACGCGCGUAGGCAAAAUUGUGCACGCAGCUGCAAAUAAGCAUUUAACACCAACCACCUUGGAGCUGGGUGGCAAGAGUCCCUGCUAUAUAGACAAGUCGGUUGAGCUGCGCACUGCUGUGAAGCGUAUCUUAUGGGGCAAGCUCAUCAAUUGUGGACAAACAUGCAUCGCGCCCGAUUAUAUACUCUGCUCCAAGGAAAUGGAACAAAAAUUCAUUGUGGAAGCCAAGGAGGUGCUCAAGGAGUGGUACGGCGACAAUAUACAGAGCAGUCCCGAUCUGAGUCGCGUCAUCAAUCAAAACAAUUUUCAACGUCUGUUGGGUUUGAUGAAGGCCGGACGCAUUGCAGUUGGCGGCAAAUUCGAUGCCAGCGAACGUUUUAUAGAGCCAACAAUUCUAGUUGAUGUUAAGCCCAAUGAUCCCGUUAUGGAGGAGGAAAUAUUUGGUCCCAUCUUGCCCAUCUUUACUGUAGAGAAUGCCUACGAUGCAAUUAAGUUCAUCAAUGCCAGAGAGAAACCUUUGGUGCUAUACGUUUUCUCAAACUCACAAAAGUUAAUCAAAGAGUUCAAGAAGAAUACAACAAGCGGCGGAUUCUGCAGCAACGAAACUAUAAUGCAUGUCGGAGUUGAUACGCUGCCUUUUGGCGGCGUCGGCAUGAGCGGCAUGGGCAGCUAUCAUGGCAAAUAUGGCUUUGAUACUUUCACACAUAAGAAGUCCUGCCUGGGCAAGAAUCUGGCCCUGCUGGGCGAAAAGAUGGCAUCCGCUCGUUAUCCACCUUAUUCGGAUCGCAAGGCUUCACUGCUCUCAUUCCUAUUGCGCAAACGUCGACCUCUGCCCAACUUCUAUUUGACGCAUGUUUUCGCACUCGGCUUGGGCAUUGGUCUCACCUUUUUGACCAACUAUUAUCUGCAGGUAAGAAAGGGCAAGCUGUUGCGUUAGAACUUUUAUAUACCCAUCAAAUGGCGGACUUAAAAAUCGUGUUGCACCUUCAUCGGCCAGUGGACAGAUUUUAAUAUAUA